AUGCACGACUAUUACAACGGCCAAGCCGUCAAUCACAACGCUACAUCUGCAUCGGCAUCGGCAUCUACAACAGCAUCACAGUCCUCCUUACUCUCCAGAAGGGCUCUCCAGCUCCAGGCCGACGAAGAGGCUUUCCGAUCUCAGCCCACCUAUCGCACAGCCAGCAUCGCCAAUGACUCGGAUCCCAUCUUCGAGCCCGCAGAGAGCAGUCGCUCCAGUCGUGGCAGGGCUCGCGCCGGCACCCUUCCCUCCAGCUGGGGAGACACCAUCCCAAUCCUCCAGCAACCCUCUCACAUAGAUCCUCGACCGCUGCUCUCACAAAUCUCGCAUGCGCCUCGUCCCGUUUCUGAACAUGCAACCUUGCACGACCUCGCACGAGUUGGCUCAGCGUCACAACUACCCGCGUCCAACAAUGCAGUCCACUUCGAUCACGAUCUGGCUUCGCCAUCUUCCUCGCAACGAUUCCGAUCUGGAUCCCUCACGCUCCCAACAGCCAACCUCGCGAAUGCGUUUGGCCCGUCUUUCUUUUCCUCACACUGGCAGCCCACACGCUCUGGCUUGAGCACCAUGACAUCGGCUGCCAAUGAAGAUGAGUUGACCUCCCCAACCCACUCUGGCCCUCGAUUUUCGUUCGACAAUACGGACAUGCUCGACUAUCUUGGUCUGGGCGCAGUUGACCGUCGCGAGUCACACCCCGGCCUCUCUUCUCACGCAGACCCAUCUCAGGCUCCGCAUCAGCCCUCCAACAACGACCACAACUUUGCCGACUCGAAUGCUUACCUUGCUUCCUCACAGUUCCGCAACCGCUCUUCUACGCUUGGCGUCCAGCAGCUGCGACCAAGGCUCAACAACGGUGAAGGUCGGGCGCGCAGCAGCAGCUAUCUACCCUCCUUUGCAUUCAACCCCACAGAAGCUUCUUCCGAAACGGCCUCACAGCCUGCGGGCACUCCCGCCGGUACUCACUCUGGUAACCUCUCCGGUUCCCAAAGUCCCUACGCCGGCAACGCACCUCACUCGUCACUGCUCAACACAGCACUUCACAACCGUCUCCACCAGUACAGCACUGCUUCCUCGCCACAGGUCAACGGUUCUGUCAAUCGAGCUUCUGCUAGCCCAAACAGACCCAGAGCCACCAGCAUGGGUGUGCUCGACCAGCCGCAUUCUCGCGCUCCGGUGCUUAGUCAGUAUCGCGCAGGUCCACCCGGCGUCCUUCCAAGCACGCUCGGUGGUUUUGACACGACUUCGACGCCUCCGGGGUUCUCCAGUCACCUCAAUCUGCCUGUCUUGUCGGCUGGACUGGCUCCCAACACCGAUUCGGCCAGCGACCUCUCCGCGUUCCUGGCUAACGGGCGCAAUCGCGCAGGCACAAUUGCAGCUUUUUCGGGUCCUGGCGGCCGUGCUCGUGCCGAGCAAGCGCUCUUGCGCAUGACUCAGAUGCAGUACGAAGCGUCGCUAGCAAGAGACGCUCAGUCUCGCCCGAGCUCUUCCAGUGCCAGCGAAGCGUCCUCCAUGGUCGAUGUGUACGGCCAUGCUCGAACGCAACAGCUGCAGCAACGUCCAGGCAGUCAAAAGUCAGGCGCCAACUCCCCUUUUGUCCAGCCAACACGCACAUUGUGGAUCGGUCACCUCCGGCCCACGGUGAAUAGUUCCGACCUCUUGCAGAUCUUGUCACGCUACGGCUCCAUCGAGACCAUUCGGCUGGUCCCCGAGAAGAGCUGCGCUUUCGUCAAUUUUGUCGACAUCGCCGAUGCUAUACGCGCAAAAGAUGAUGUACUUGGACGUCUGGCCGGGCGCCUUGGUGUUGGCACGAUGGGACCAGAAGGACUAGUGCGUGUUGGCUUUGGCAAACCUGAAUCAGUGCCUCAAGCAGGGCUUGGAGGCUUUGCGCCCAACACGGACACGCUCGGUGGCCUGGUGGAUGGCGCAGCAGGUAGUGAAGCCUUUGGUGCAGAGCCUGUCAGCCAAGAGGCAUCGAGGGCGCUCUGGAUCGGAUCCAUACCUUCCACCACUUCCACCGAGACUCUGGUCUCCAUCUUUGCGCCCUUUGGCCCCAUCGAGAGCAUCCGUGUCUUGGCGAGCAAAAGCUGCGCCUUUAUCAACUUUGACCGCCUCGACGAUGCGAUGGUAGCGCGCAAGGCGCUUCAUGGCCGGGAGGUUCUGGGUGCCGAGGUGGGUCCAGUCAGGAUUGGGUUUGCCAAGGUACCAGCCAGAGUCUCGGACGGUUAUCUUGGAUCACUCGAUCCUGGCUCUGUCGAGUUUCAAGCAGCGAUGGACGCGCUUGCCUCUCUUUCGGGCGUGGUUCCUGGCACAACCUUGGAUCCGCAAACGUCCCGCGGCUUCGAAGACCCCCGUCAUGGCGUCGCUCUCGACGGCUCGUCGAGGCACCACUAUCUGCAGCCGAAUGUGCUCAAUACGCAUGGCCUCGUUCGCAACCUGAGUGCAGAUGCUGCUCGACUACCAACGACAGGUGCACCUGGACGAGUCGCUGGCUUCCCGACACACAGCUCGUCGAACAGCAUUGUUCCUAGCAGCGACAAGGGCGGUGUACCUCUGCCAGCCGAGAUGAAGCCCAAGGCGACGAUCAACGACCUGCAGAUGCUGUUGCGUCAGCUCGACGAGACAGAUCCUGGCGUUGAAGCCGACGUUGCCCGCAUCGCUCGAUCUAGGCCCCUCGUCACCUAUUUUACACGCAUUCCGCCGGUGCCAGAGCUGCCUCCUGGCAAGCGGUUCGACAACAACAGGCUCAAAGAGGUGCGCAAGCGUCUCGAGACGCCCAAUUGCCUUCCGUCCGAUGCAGACGCGAUCGCGAGGGACUAUCUUCCGUGCGUGGUAGACCUCUCGUCCGACUUUAUCGGCAAUACGCUCGUGCAAAAGUUCUUCGAACGCUGUAGCGAGCCCAUGAAGAAGACAAUGCUCGAACUCAUUGCGCCGCACUUGGCCAUGAUCGGCGUUCACAAGAACGGCACCUGGGCAGCCCAAAAGAUCAUCGACUGCACACAUGCCGACGACCAACGUGCCAUCAUCGCUCAGCACAUCCGACCGUACGUGCCGCCACUGCUCCUAGAUCAGUUUGGCAACUACGUGGUGCAAAGGCUGAUCCCGUUCGGCAGUCCGCACAGCGACUUCAUCUUCGAGGCCAUGGUGGAUCGGUGCUGGGAAGUUGCGCAGGGCCGCUUUGGAUCUCGCAGCAUGAGGGCGUGUCUAGAGUCGCCCCAGGUGCCCCAGUUCCACAUCAAGCAGGUGGCGCUGGCGAUCGUGCUCAACUCGGUCCCACUGGCCACGAGCCAGAACGGUGCCUUGUUGAUUACUUGGCUGCUGGACGCUUCGGCUUUGCCAGGACGAUUUCGCCUGCUUGCGCCGCGCUUUGCUCCGCAUCUCGCCAACCUGUGUACGCACAAGCUCGCCUCGCAGACGGUGCUUCGUAUUAUCGGUCAGAAGACGGAUCCCGAGGCAUCGAGGCAGUUGUUGCGGGUGCUGUUCGAAGGUGGCCGGCCGCAAUUGUUGGAGGAGAUUCUGGUGGAUCAGGUUCAUGGCAGUCAGUUUGUCACGAAGCUGUUCGCAGACGCAGGUGUGUUGGAAGGAGCCGAGAGGCAGAGGUGCGUAGAGGAGGUGAAAGCAUUGCUGAUCAAGCACGGACUGGUCAGCAUGCCUCCAUACAGGCCGUUGGCGGUCGAAUUGGGAUUACUGCCCAGUAUCAACGUCAACAUCGGAAGCGCGCAUCCGAAUUCGAUCAACACAAAUACUAGCAUCUACGACAACACAACCGCGCUAGAGAGACAGCUGGCGAACAUGCACGUCAGCAACAACAACGUCUCGGAUAAUGGAACUAUGUUCGCAGCAAGAAGAGAUUCAGAGUCGGAACCAAUCUGGUCACAUCCGUCAUCGUCACAGGAUUCGUAUGACCCGUAUAACCCCAUUUCCCAACAUCAACAGCAGCAUCAACGAACCGAGCAGUACUUGGUUCCUCAGCAUUCAUAUCAGCAGCAUCACUUGCACGAUUCUCGAACUUUUUUCUGA